GGUCUUGGUCUUGUUUGGUUACGGGGUCCUAAGCCCCAGAAGCCUAAUGCCAGGAAGCCUGGAACGGGGGUUCUGCCCUGUCCCCCUUCUCCUCACAGCAGCUGGAGUGAUCUUUCCAGAAUAUAAGAAACAUGGAAUAUCAGACCCCAUCUGUUGAUGGGAGGGGGCCUCAUGGUUUGCAGAUAUGUUCUGAAACUCCACGCUGCCCGGCCUUGGCUUCAACGUGUCUGGUGAAUGUGUGGGCUGUGAGGCUCCGCGAACGUAGACCUCAGACUGCAGCGGUGGCCAUUACAGCGUCUGGCAUAUGGGCCCAUGCCAGGCCCAUCACCACAGUGACGGCUGUUCUGUGACUGUUUCUGGUGGACUCUGCUCCACGCUCCAGGCUGAUGCUGUGUCCCUUCCACUGGGACCCUCAGCUGGCUUCCAUGCACUUGUGCCCUAAAUCCUGCUCCUGGAAUAAACUUCAUCUCCUGUGUUCUCAUUCUGCAGCAUGGCUUUUAGGGAACCAGACGGUCUGCAGCAUGUCUCAUUGCCAAGGAUGGUCUAUCCCCAGCCAAAGGUGCUGACACCCUGUAGGAAGGACGUCCUUGUCGUGACCCCUUGGCUGGCUCCCAUUGUCUGGGAGGGCACGUUCAACAUCGACAUCCUCAACGAGCAGUUCAGGCUCCAGAACACCACCAUUGGGUUAACUGUGUUUGCCAUCAAAAAAUACGUGGCCUUCCUGAAGCUAUUCCUGGAGACGGCGGAGAAGCAUUUCAUGGUGGGCCACCGGGUCCACUACUACGUCUUCACCGACCAGCCGGCUGCGGUGCCGCGCGUGGCGCUGGGGACCGGUCGGCAGCUGUCGGUGCUUGGGGUGCGCGCCUAUAAGCGCUGGCAGGAUGUGUCCAUGCGCCGCAUGGAGAUGAUCAGCGACUUCUGCGAGCGGCGCUUCCUCAGCGAGGUGGAUUACCUGGUGUGCGCGGACGUGGACAUGGAGUUCCGCGACCACGUGGGCGUGGAGAUCCUGACUCCGCUGUUCGGCACCCUGCACCCCGCCUUCUACGGAAGCAGCCGGGAGGCCUUCACCUACGAGCGCCGGCCCCAGUCCCAGGCCUACAUCCCCAAGGACGAGGGUGAUUUCUACUACAUGGGGGCGUUCUUCGGGGGGUCGGUGCAGGAGGUGCAGCGGCUCACCAGGGCCUGCCACCAGGCCAUGAUGGUCGACCAGGCCAACGGCAUCGAGGCCGUGUGGCACGACGAGAGCCACCUGAACAAGUACCUGCUGCGCCACAAACCCACCAAGGUGCUCUCCCCCGAGUACCUGUGGGACCAGCACCUGCUGGGCUGGCCUGCGGUCCUGAGGAAGCUGAGGUUCGCGGCGGUGCCCAAGAACCACCAGGCGGUCCGGAACCCGUGAGCGGCUGCCAGGGGCUCUGGGAGGGCUGCCGGCAGCCCCGUCCCCCUCCCGCCAGCCCCGUCCCCCUCCCGCCCUUGGUUUUAGCGGAACGGGUAAACGCUGCUUCCUUUGUCUGUCCUGUUGCGAGUAACUGAAGCCUAGGUCUCACCCCCACCUCAAAUCACACACAUCCCCUUCCCGCCACAGAGACACACCAUUACAUACACGGACACACACAGAAAGACACACA